AUGACGCGUCUCGAGCCGCGGCGCCAUCGCCGGCGAGAUUACUGCAUGUUGCGCUCCGCAUCCCCGCGUGUGAGCGGGCCGCCGCAGCUCGCGGCGCGCGCGGCGGCGCUCCGGCGGCUCGUUGUGGCGAUCUGCCUCGUCGUUGCGUGCACACGUGGCGUUGUCGGAGAGGGUAGUGCCGGUGCUGCUGUGCCGUCACCAGCGCUUCUCCAGUGCCGCCCAUUUCCGCCUCCUUCCCACCCCUUUCCCCCCCCUUUUCCCCCUUCCCCCAUUCAAACUUCCAAACCUCCAGUGCCGGUGCUGCUGUGCCGUCACCAGCGCCUCUCCUCUGCCACCCCAUCAUCCCCCUUUCUCGCUCCCCUCCUUAUCUCCCCCAUUUUCCCCACCUCCAGUCCCGACCUCCAGUGCCGGUGCUGCUGCGUUGUCACCAACGUCAAUCCGGUGCCGCCCCAGCUGCCCCCAAAAGAGUGCGCCCACUCUCUCCUGCUGCACUCCUGCACCGCAUUCGACCCAUCCGAUUUCAGCCAGCAACCCACUGAACCACCCCAGCCGCUCGCGUCCCAGCUAAUUCCAUCAGCAUGCCCACAUUCCCUCCUGCUGCACUCGUGCAGUGCAGUUCACCCAUCCGAUCUCAGCCCACCACCCACAAGUGCAACCACUGACCCACCCCAGCUGCACUCACCCCAGUGCCCCAGUUCUCUCCUGCUGCACUCCUGCACUGCAGCCGACUUACCGAGUUUCACCCCACCAUCCACUGACCCGCUCCAGCUGCUCCUAUCUCAGUGCGCCCACUCCCUCCUGCUGCACUCCUGCCCUUCAGCUGACUUGCCGAAUUCCAGCCUUAGAGAGCAGGAAGGGGAGUGGAAUGUAAGCCAGCGGCUUUUGGGGCUAUUGUGUGGGGAAUUUAGCGGGUCUGAAACGACAAGCAGAGAUAAGGCGAUUGAAGCGAAGAUGGAAGAGCAAGCAGGGUUUGAGAGCGAGGGGGCUGGUUUGAGCAAGGAAGAGGGUGAGAGAGCGGGAGAGACACAGCAGAAGGAGGGGCAGGAGCAGCAGCAGCAACCGCGGCAGGAGCAGCAGCAGCAGGAAGAGAGGAGGGAACCUAUUUGGGAAGCAAAAGAGAAAGGGGAGAAAGGGGAAAGUGUGGGAGCAGGAAGAAUGCUGUUUUUGUGUCUCAGUAGCAGCAAGGCGACUUCCGAUUCGGCUCACAAGUCACCUCAGAAAGGGGACGCAGCAGGCAGGGGAUGGGUGCUGCUACUGUGCGUCAGUUGCAGCAAGGAGAGUGAGGGCAUGAGAACGGAGGGAGAGAGGAAGGAGAGUGAGGGGACGAGAAUGGAAGGAGAGAGCAAGGAGAGAGACAGGAUGGGAGCAGAAGGAGAGAGCAAAGAGCGAGAGGGGACGAGAAGUGGAGGGGGGGUGGAGGGAAGAACGCCAGAGGAAGGGGGUGGGAAGGCAGGUGAUAGGAAAAAAGGGAGACGUGUGAAUAGGGAAGGGGAGAGGAAGGGGAGGGGGAGAGAAGGCGGGUGGAAUGGAGGGGAGAUGGGAGGAGCUGGGGCAUGGGGUGGUGUGGUGGGUAUUGAGGUGCAGCAAAAGACCGGAGGAGCUGUUGCAAGGGCGGUUCGGGGUCGACCACUGUGGCUCAUCAACCGAACCACCCUGACAUGGAGGAGAGCUGUGUCGAAAAGGCGGGUGGCUCUGCACGUAAGGCUGAGUGGGCAGGCACGCAGUGCCACGUCAGCUGGCGCCACGUCAGCAGGCCAGGCACCAGCUCAACCUCCUGCUGCCGAACCUCCUGCUGCACCUCCUCCCGAACCUCCUGCCGCACCUCCUCCCGAACCACCUGCAGCUGCACCUCCUGCCGAACCUCCUGCAGCGGCCUCUCCUCCUUCCGAACCUCCUGCCGCUGCCCCCUCUCCCCUCCCCACUGCCCCAUCCCCCGAUAUUGCUACUCCCCCCUCACUCCCCCCAGCCUCUCCCCCUGCACUUCCCCCCGCCUCUCCCCCUGCACUCCCCCCUGCCUCUCCCCCUGCGCUUUCCCCCGCCUCUCCCCCUGUCCUCCCCCCAGCCUCCCCCCCUGCCCUCCCCUUCGUCCCCCCUCCUUCUCCCCCUCCCCCAGACCUAGGCACCCUCACUCCUACUGCUGAUUCCCCUCCCCCCUCCUCCCCCUCCUCUCCUAUAUCCUCUCAAUCCCCCCCUCCCCCCUCCUCUCGCACCCCUCCUAUCUCUCUCAUUCCUAGUACCUCCACCUCCUAUCCUCCUCCUCCCCCUCCCCAAACUAUUUCCAACCCUACUCUUCCCCCUACCGCUGAUCCCCCCUCACUUCUUUCCCCCUCCCCCGCUGCUUCCCCUGCCCUCCCCCCCGAGCUUUCCCCCUCUCUUCCCCCUGUAGGUUCCCCUUUCCCCUCUCUCCCCUCCGCCCCCGCCCCCGCCCCUUCCCCUGAUUUCCCCACCCCCAUCUCCCCUGCCCCUUCCCCUGCCCUUGCCCCAGCGCCCUCUCCAACCGCCCUUCCCCCUGAGCUUCCCCCAGCUGCUUCCCCCCUUCCCCCGGAUUCCCCCCAACCUCCCCCUCACCCUCACAGACCCCCUAAAAGACACCCCCCACGCGCCCCCAAUCCCCCUCCCCCUUCCGAGCCUCCUGCCGAGCCUCCUGCCGUCCCUCCUGCCGUCCCUCCUGCCGAACCUCCUGCCGAACCUCCUGCCGACCCUCCUGCCGAACCUCCAAGCCUUUCCCCUGCUCCCAGCCCUUCCCCAUCCGCCCCUGCUUUCUUCCCCCGUUCCCCUUCCCCCGCACCUCUCUCCCCCCAGCCCCAUCGUUUCCCCCCAACUGCCCCCACUCUCUCCUCCCCUUCCUCAUCCCCUCCUCCUCCCCUUCAUCCUCCUCCUUCCCCACCUCCUUCCUCCUCUCACCCUCCAUCCUCACUCUACCCCCCUCCACACACUCUCCCCCAUACCCCUCCUUCACUCCCCCCUCCCCCGCCCCUUUCUCUCCCCCAUCCCCCUCCCCAUCUCCCUCCCCCUCCCUCUCCCCCUCCCCCUCCCCUCCAUCAUCCUAUGAAACGCCAUCCCCCUCUCUAUGCCGGCACACCCCGCAGCUUCGCACCUGUCACCCUCACACCUCCCCCCUCUCCCCCUCCUCCUCCCCCUCCUCCUUCCCCUCCUCCUCCCUCUCCUACUAGCCUCCAAUCCACCCCUCCUCCUAGCUUUUUCCCGUCCCUCCCUCCUGAACCACCCACCUGUCUCCUCGUUUCCCCCACCCCCUCCCUGUUACCCCCACCGUCCUCUUCCCUUUCCCCUCUCCCCUGCGCCUGCGCCCUCCAAAUGGUGCUCAUAGCUCGCCUCCACUCCUCCUUUCACUCCUUACACAACGUCCCCGUGUUUGCGUGCAAGCUCGCCUCUCCCCUCCUCCUGCAGCCCUCUCAGGUGGAGACUCAGGUGGAGGUGUGGGCUGUCACUUCUUAUCCAACGUCCCCGUGUUCUUUCCUGACAAUUUAUCCUCUUCUUUCUCCCACCCUCUCCUCCCCCUACUUUCCCCCAGACUGCCCCCCCUGCCCAUCCCCGACCGUCCUCCUCCCAGCCGCAUCCCCCUCCCUCCCCUGCGCCUGCGCCCUCCCAAUGGUGCUCAUAGCUCGCCUGCACUCCUCCUUCUACUCCUUUCUGCACAAUGUCCCCUCGUUCGCGCGCGAGCUUGCCUCUCCCCUCCUCAGAGGCGAGCUCGCCUCUCCCCUCCUCAGAGGCGAGCUCGCCUCUCCCUCCUCAGAGGCGAGCUCGCCUCUCCCUCCUCAGAGGCGAGCUCGCCUCUCCCUCCUCAGAGGCGAGCUCGCCUCUCCCCUCCUCAGAGACGAGCUCGCCUCUCCCCUCCUCAGAGGCGAGCUCGCCUCUCCUGGCAAUCAUCACAUCUCCUCUUUUCUAACCCUUGUUCACAACGUCCCAGUGUUUCCCUCUGUCACACCUUUCACAUAUCCCUUCCCCUGCUCCCUCUCCCUUGUCUCCCACCCUCCCUUUCCCCUGUCUCUCCCACAGACUGCGCCCCCUGCCCAUCCCCCACCGUCCUCCUCCCCUUCCUCCCUCCCCUGCUCCUGCGCCCUCCCAAUGGUGCUCAUAGCUCGCCUCCACUCCCCCUUCGACUCCUUCCUGCACAACGUCCCUCUGUUCGCGCAAGAGCUCGCCUCUCUGGCAAUCAUUGACGGUUCUUCUUUCCCGUUCCUGCCUCCCUCUCCCUGCCCCUACCCCACCCCGUGUUCCCCCCCCAGACUGCCCCCCAUGCCCGACCCCCACCGUCCUCCUCCCUGCCACCUCUUUAACCUCCCGCUUUUGCUCCUGCGCCCUCCCAAUGGUACUCAUAGCUCGCCUGCACUCCCCCUUCGACUAAUUCCUUCACAACGUGCCCGUGUUCGCCCAAGAGCUGGGUGCAAUCAGCCCUCUCAGGUGGAGGCCUGGGCUGUCACUCCUUACACAACGUCCCCGUGUUUGCGCGCAAGCUCGCCUCUCCCCUCCCCUCCUCCUGCAGCCCUCUCAGGUGGAGGUCUGGGCGGGCUGUCACUUCUUGCACAACGUCCCCGUGUUCUUUCCCCUGCUCAAGUGACGCUUUCCCCUGCUCCUCUUUCUCCCUACCCCUCCCCCCGCUUCCCCUGCUUCCCUGCAGAUUGCCCCCCCUGCCCAUCCCCGACCGUCCUCCUCCCAGCCGCCUCCCCCACCCUCGCCUGCACCUGCGCCCUCCCAAUGGUGCUCAUAGCUCGCCUGCACUCCCCCUUCGACUCCUUCCUCCACAACGUCCCUGUACUGCCCUCCCUGCCCAUCCCCCACCGUCCUCCUCCCCGCCCCCACCUCCUCCCCCCUCUCCACCCUCCCCUGCACCUGCGCCCUCCCAAUGGUGCUCAUAGCUCGCCUGCACUCCUCCUUCGACUCCUUCCUACACAACGUGCCCGUGUUCGCCCAGGAGGUCGCCUCUCCCCUCCUCCUACAGCCCUCUCAAGUGGAGACUGCCCUCCCUGCCCAUCCCCCACCGUCCUCCUCCCCGCCCCCACCUCCUCCCCCCUCUCCACCCUCCCCUGCACCUGCGCCCUCCCAAUGGUGCUCAUAGCUCGCCUGCACUCCUCCUUCGACUCCUUCCUACACAACGUGCCCGUGUUCGCCCAGGAGGUCGCCUUUCCCCUCCUCCUGCAGCCCUCUCAGGUGGAGGUCUGGGCUGUCACUUAUGAUCCUGAUCCCACCGCGCUUGUGGUUACCGCGUAUUUUCUGCCAGUGGAAGGGGAAGGGGCAACAGCAGCAGCAGCAGCAGCGGAGGUUGGGGGUUCUGUGAGGCGCCUCAAAAGCGAAGGGGAAGGGGCAGCAGCAGCAUCGGAAGAGGCAGCAGAAGCAGCAGCAGCAGCAGCAGCAGAGGCUGGGCCUCUUGGGAAGCCGGUGCAGCUGAAUCGGACUGAGGUGGCAAGAAUCCGACAGGUGUUGCUUGGGGGACAAGUGCAGCCGGACCCGAGUUUGUUUGGGGAAUUCACCAUCCUUAUGAUUCUAGACCCGGGUCAACCGCUCCCCAGCCCUCCUCCUCCUCCUUUUCCUGACCAACCCCUCUCUCCCACCAUCACCGCUAAUAGCACAAACGCGAGUGACGCAUCCUCCCCUUCCUCCUCCUCCUCUUCCUCCCCUCCCUCCUCCUCCUCUCUAUCCUCUCUCCUAAUCCUCCUAAUCAUCGGAAUCCCCGUGGGGGUAUUUACCCUGGUUACCCUGGUUGCAAUAAUGUGGAACAGGCUAGUUACCCGGAAGGCUCAGAGAAACGCGUUUAAGGGAGUGAGAACAGUCGGACCGUUUUGGGGGGGGGGGAGUGAGGGAGAGGAGGAGCGGGAUGGCGCAUGGCUUGCUGAAGCAAGCUCAGCUGCUGCUGCUGCAGCAGCAGCAGCAGCAGGGGUGCAUUCACCUCGUAAACGAACGAGCUUCUACUCCCCUCCACGUGAUUACUCCUCUCCUCCCUCCUCCCCUCCGCAUAGGCCUACCCUCUCCGAUAGAAGAGGAAGGGAUUUCGUGGGAGGGGAAGAAGGUUCAAGGAGGCUCAAAAUAGCAGUGGGAAUAGCCCAGGGCAUACGUUACUUGCAUGAGGAUGCAUCUCCUUCAAUCAUUCACCGAGACUUGAAGUCUGCAAACGUGCUGAUCGAUAGAGAGUUUGCUCCCAAGAUUGCUGAUUUCGGGCUGGCUAGGACUGUAGUUGUAGGGGACUCUCUGAGGGGAAAGAGGAAAAUGGGGGAGGAGGGAGAUGGUGCGAGAAGGGGUGGGAGGGCAGGGGAGGAGGGAAGUGGGACCAGGAUGGGGAAGGAGGAGGACAGAGAAAGGGAGGGGGAAGAGGAGGAGAUAUGGGAUCUGCAAGAGCAAGGGGAGGAGAAUGGGGAGGGUGAGAGAGGAUGGUUGAUGGGAAGGAAAGGAGGAGGCAUGGUCGACCAGAGUAAAAUGCCUCCCCACCAUUCACUUGCUCUGCUCUCCCUAGCAUUCUCUUCCUCUUCUCUCCCCACCACUCACUUCUCAUUUCCUCUCCCCCCAUCUUAUCCCCCUUCUUCCGUUCGUUUUCCCGUAUUCUCCCUUUCUGCCCCUCCGUGCUCUCCCAUUUUCCCCAGCAAAUCGGGAUCUGCACCAACAGCAACUGCAAGUGCUACCACUGCUACUUCCUCCUCCUCUGCUUCCUCCUCUUCCACCUCCUCCGCUUCCUCCUCCUCCACUUCCUCCCGUGUCCCCUUUCAUACUCCUCACCCUCAUCAAACCCCCUUCACCUCCACCCCCUCUCGCUCCCUCCUCUCCCCUUCUCACUCCUCCUCCACUCACUCCUCCCCCUCUCGCCCCACCACACACACUCCUCCGCUCUCCUCCCUCUCUUCACUCCCUCACCCUCACACCCAUCCCUCCCGCCUCCGCCCCUCCCAUCACUCCCCAUACUCCUCCCCUCAACCCCCUCACUUCCCCUCUCAUUCCCGCUCCCACUCCCUCACCCACUCCUUCUCUCACUCCCCUUCUCACUCCUCCUCCCUCGCCUCCCCACACCACACACCCAGACGCCACCAUCCCUCCUUCCCGCCGCCCCACUACCCUUCCCCAGAUAUACCUUCCCCAGCUGCCGCCUCCCCUGCAUCUUACUUAUCAGCAGAGGAGGGGUUUGAAAACCCGGGGGGAGGGGGGAGUAUAAGGGGGGUUGAGGGGAGUGGGGCAGGGGGGGCUGCUUUCUCCCUGCUGCCGCCCGUGCCAGAGCUUGCUGGGAGUGGGGCAGGGGGGGUUGCCAUUUCCCUGCUGCCGCCUGUGCCAGAGGCAGAACGGGCAGCCAUGCUGAGACUGCUGAGGAUGACCGUUCAAGGGCUGGACUACAGUGGCGACCUGGAUUUGUCUUCUUGCAGGUCUGACCUCGAGUUAACCAAGUCAACCACAUUGCCUUCACAGUUCCGACACUCACAGAGCGCUCAUGAGAUUUGCCCCCCAUCCUCCCCCUUCCCUUUGCAGUGGCGACCUGGCAUUGUCUUCUUACGAGUCUGA